GGAGCAGCAGCAGCAGAACAACGGUGUAAACUGAGGAGAAAAACAUCUACAUAUCUUCUUAUUUUUCGUCUUCUAGCGAAUCCAAACCGAGAUAAACCCGCAGUUCGUGGGUUUAGGACGUGUUUAAACCCGCAGUUCGUGGGUUUAGGACGUGUUUAAACCCGCAGUUCGUGGGUUUAGGACGUGUUUAAACCCGCAGUUCGUGGGUUUAGGACGUGUUUAAACCCGCAGUUCGUGGGUUUAGGACGUGUUUUCUCGCGGCUGACGGGACCGUUGACGCGGCAUGGACGACAGCAAGAUGCCGGAGGGGAAGGUGAAGAAUCCCGGGAAACGCAGCAGGAAACCGGCCAAGAUGGACCUGCGGGAGGAGCUGGACAUGAAUCAUAAAGGAAGACCCAAAAGACACUGCUGUGAUGAUUGUGAGCAAGUCUUCGCCAAUUCAUCAAACCUGAAGAAGCAUAAGAAAACUCACACUGGUGAUAAACCGUACAGCUGUGAUCAGUGUGGAGCGGCUUUUGGCGACUCAAGUAAUCUAAGAGUCCACCAGCGUAUUCACACUGGAGAAAAGCCUUACGGAUGUGAUCAGUGUGGAGCGGCUUUUGCCCAAAAAGGUGCUUUAAGGAGUCACCAACGUAUUCACACUGGAGAAAAGCCUUACGGAUGUGAUCAGUGUGGAGCGGCUUUUGCCCAUCAAGGUGCUUUAAGGAGUCACCAACGUAUUCACACUGGAGAAAAGCCUUACAGAUGUGAUCAGUGUGGAGCGGCUUUUGCCCGACAAGAUAAGUUGAAGAUUCACCAACGUAUUCACACUGGAGAAAAGCCUUACAGAUGUGAUCAGUGUGGAGCGGCUUUUGCCCGGCAAACUCACCUAACGGGUCACCAACGUAUUCACACUGGAGAAAAGCCUUACAGAUGUGAUCAGUGUGGAGUAGGUUUUGCCACAUCAAGUAAUCUAAGGAGUCACCAACGUAUUCACACUGGAGAAAAGCCUUACAGAUGUGAUCAGUGUGGAGCGGCUUUUGCCCAUCAAGGUACUUUAAGGAGUCACCAACGUAUUCACACUGGAGAAAAGCCUUACAGAUGUGAUCAGUGUGGAGCGGCUUUUGCCCGGCAAUAUCAAUUGACGACUCACCAACGUAUUCACACUGGAGAGAAGCCUUACAGAUGUGAUCAGUGUGGAGCGGCUUUUUCCGAGCAAGGUGAUUUAAGGAGACACCAACGUAUUCACACUGGAGACAAGCCUUACAGAUGUGAUCAGUGUGGAGCGGCUUUUGCCCGGCAAUAUCAAUUGACGACUCACCAACAUAUUCACACUGGAGAGAAGCCUUACAGAUGUGAUCAGUGUGGAGCAGGUUUUGCCACAUCAAGUAAUCUAAGGAGUCACCAACGUAUUCACACUGGAUAAAAAGUGUAUAUUUGUGAUCAGUGCUGAUAUAAUUUAUUUUGAGAGUUCAGUUAAAAUACACCAGUUUAGUUAAUUUAGUUUGAAAGAAAUAAUUCACACAUACGCACUGACACCCACACAUAUAUGAUCUGAAGUUUGUGUUUAAUAUUUAGUUAAUUUUUGUUUAUGUGUAGUUUAGGCAUCGUAAUUGAUCCCGAAUUUUGUUUCACUUUCUUUUGAAACU